AGCCAUUGGUCGUUUUCCUUUGCCCCGUCAGCCAAGGAGAGUAAAGGUCGGCGACAGAGCAGAUCCUUCCCGGCGAGGCAUCGGCGACGGCCGGCGACCGCAUCGGCAUCGCCCGAGUCUCCUUACCCACCCGACCCCCACCCCACCCGUGAGGCUCGCUCUCCUGCGCCGAAACCCUAGCUGAUUUUUUCAUCAGCAGCACAUCAUGCAGAGGCCCAGCAAACUGCCUGCCAUCUCUCUCCCCGGAUGCCCUACCUUUUUCGGACCCCAAGGUUGGGAGGACCUCCCAGAUGGCUUGCUUCACUCCAUCAUUGGUCAGCUGGGCUCUUUCCGAGACAUUAUUGGCUUUGCCGCGGCAUGUCCCUCUUGGCGUGCUGCCUUCUCCUCGUACCCAUCCAAGUCCACGCUCCGUACAAAAUUUCCACCUCUCCUCAUCCAGCCCCAUAUUCGUGUACAAGGUCCUCUUCUUCCUUGUACCAGUGGUUGUGGUGAGCUACACCCAUGUAAGGUUGUUGAUCCAGCCAACCUAAACACCGCCCUUCGCUGUUGGAUCCCUCAAGAUACCCUGGAGAAGAUGACAUUUAUUGGAUCCUCCUAUGGUAAUCUCAUCUACUACUGCAACGGAUACUGUCGCAUCAUCGAUGUGUUCACCGGUGACAAGGUCUCAACUCCACGUCUCCCAUCCCGUGCUGAAUGUUCAGAAAUUCACUUGACUGGCAUUCUAACAGCCCCACUUGCAUCAUCCAACUCACGUCUCCUUGUCAGUACCGAGUCCUUCCUGUUGGAUUUGCCCAUUGGAAGCGAGUCCUGGUCCGAACUGCAGCUCCCUUCCCAGUUUGUAAUAGACCAUUUUGUGGAAUUCGAUGGCCAGUUCAUUGUCUCGAAUAGCUAUGGGAGAUCCUACAGUCUGCAGCUGGCCCCUCAGCAUGGUCUGCAGGAGAUAAAAACCAAGCCUGUGGGAGGAAGGCCGGUGGUAGGAAGGCUGGUGGUUUGUGGUGAUAUGCUUCUCAUUCUGAGUUUUGGCAGGUUCCACCGCCUCGACAUGUCAACCGAGCCUGCGACACGGGUGGCCGUGGAGAAGCUGGGUGAGCGGGCACUCUUUAUAGGGGCGGAAGUCAAGAGCACACCGCAUUCUUGCAUGAGCCCGGAGCUAUGGGGAGGAAGGAGCGACAUCGCUUACUGUGCUCGUACAUCUCGACCUUGGUAUCUCUAUAGGCUGUGUGGCGUGCCAGAUCGCCCGCGGGGUAGAACAAGACAGAUCGAAGCUGCAGGCGUUGGAGGCACCCCAGUGCAGUCAUCAAUUCGGCCGCUCUGGCUGUACCCAAGCAUGUUCUAUUCGGAUGGCCAAUGAAUAAUCCAGCCAACUAGUAAGUAGAGCUUGCCGCCGCAGCACUGGCUUCAUCUGAAAUUUCACUUUGAGAUCCAGGGAGCAGAGAUUGGUUUUUGCUGCAUGGGUAGAAUAUAUGUUACUCGUGGCAUGCAUUAGCGGCUGGAAAGUUUGGUACGUAUGAUAAGUUUUGACUUUUGUGGUGAGCUUUACUAGAAGGCAUAAUAAAACUCAGUUAUCCGGUUUUUACCAACCUGUGCUCCCUGUCUAAUACACCCUCUGCUCGUUAAUAUAACAUGUUUGUGCUUGUACUUGA